ACGUCACCAGGCGGCGUCCAGCCUGAGCGCCAUGCUAUGCUUGCGAGGCGGAGGGCUGGCUCGGGGCCUGCGGGCCCUACCGCCGGCGCGGCUGCAGAGUCCGCGCGGACUGGCGCUGGCCCUGGCGCGCACAGCAGGGGCGCCGGGCGCGCGGGACUGGUGGGCGCCGGCCCCGGGGACGCAGCGCGGGCGCGCGCUCAGCCUGUCGGCCGCGGCCGUGGUGAACUCGGCGCCGCGCCCCCUGCAACCCUACCUGCGCCUCAUGCGUCUGGACAAGCCCAUCGGAACCUGGCUGCUGUAUUUGCCAUGCACCUGGAGCAUUGGUCUGGCCGCUGACCCAGGUUGUUUUCCAGACUGGUACAUGUUGUCACUUUUUGGCACUGGAGCUAUUCUGAUGCGUGGAGCAGGCUGUACUAUUAAUGACAUGUGGGACCGUGACUUCGAUAAAAAGGUUAUGAGGACAGCAAAUCGCCCGAUCGCUGCUGGGGACAUUUCAACCUUGCAGUCCUUCGUCUUCCUUGGGGGCCAGCUGACCUUGGCACUGAGCGUUCUCCUGUGUUUGAACUACUACAGUAUAGCUUUGGGAGCAGCAUCCUUACUUCUUGUCGUCACCUACCCACUAAUGAAGAGAAUCACGUUCUGGCCUCAGUUAGCCUUGGGGUUGACUUUUAAUUGGGGCGCGUUGCUCGGAUGGUCUGCCAUCAAGGGUUCCUGUGACCCAGCUGUGUGCCUGCCUCUUUAUUUUUCUGGAGUUAUGUGGACACUGAUAUACGACACUAUUUAUGCCCAUCAGGACAAAAAAGACGACGCUCUGAUUGGCCUCAAGUCCACAGCACUGCUGUUCCGGGAGAACACCAAGCGGUGGCUCAGCGGCUUUGGGGUCGCCAUGCUGGGAGCGCUGAGCCUGGCGGGAGCCAACAGCGGCCAGACCCUGCCCUACUAUGCUGCUGUGGCUGCGGUAGGGGCCCACCUAGCUCACCAGAUAUACACUGUAGACAUCCACAGACCUGAGGACUGCUGGGAUAAAUUCACCUCCAACCGCACAGUAGGAAUACUCCUGUUUUUAGGGAUCGUCCUUGGGAAUUUGUGGAAAGAAAAGAUGGAAGAAACGAAAGAAAGUGAUGUUAGAGUAGAAAAUUAGCAGAGAAGUGGAGCUCCAUGGUCCCUCAAGAAACAGGAGACUCAUGUGUGACGGCCAUUGAGUGACACGGGGAGCCUAUCUCACAGACGUGGAAGGCUGGGGUUGUAGCUUGGAGCUAAGAGUGCAUGCUGACUGUGCAGCAUGCCCAAGGCCCUGGAUCUCUCCCAGCAAAGAGUAAUUUGUAAAGCUCUCAGGGCCUGAGCCACAUUGUUAGACGCGGAUGAGCAGUCUGUUCAAGAAGAAGCAUGUGAGUAGUGUCUUUGCCGGAUUUUAAUGCUGUUUCCUAGCAAAAUGCCUUCCUGUCAGAGCAGCUCAGGACACCUGGGGUUAGGUAGGCCCCAGUGUUUACGUUGGUGUGGCCUCUGUCCUUGUCAUUCUCAUCUGAAGCUUCAGAAAAGUGUUGUAACUCAUCCAAAUUAGUGUUUUUUUAGGAAAAUGGCCACAUGCAUUAUUUCUCACUAAGGAUCUCCUUUGAGAAGCUGGGGCACAUUAUUAUUAUUUUCAAGAAAAGCUUUCUCUGUGUAGUUUUGGCUGUCCUGGACUCACUUUGUAGAUCAGGCUGGCCUUGAACUCAGAGAGAUCCACCUGCCUCUGCCUCCCCAAGUGCUGGGAUUACAGGCAUGUGCCACUGCACGGGGCUGGCGCAUCAUAUUCUUUAUUGUGAUCUUUACUCACUGCCAAAACUGUAACUCAAGACGCCAUUCUGAUUCUGAUGGUCUAGAAGAACAUAAAUAAAGUUGAUACUUACUAUA